AUACGGGGGGGGGGUGUCUCCAUCAAUCUGUGCUCCACAGCACAGGAUGGAUGGGGGAGACCUGGGGGGACCCCCCCCAGCACCUCCCGCUCGCCAGCGGCUUGCGGAGGGCGGGGAUGGCGAGGGGGGAGGAUGGAGGAGAAGAAAGGAGGGGGGGGGACCCCGCCGGCUCGCUCCGUGCUGCCGGGGCUGGGGGGGCGCAGCGCUGCUCCGCACCGCCCUCAUUGGCGGCCCCGGCGGGGAGGGAGCGGCUCCCACCCCCCCGGCCCCCCCCGCACCGCCGCGGCUGCCGGCACCGGCCGUGUGCCGAGAGGGUGCCCGCCGCCCGCUCCUCCGCUCCGCACCCCGAGCUGGCCUCGGCCUGGCUUUAUUUUCUCCUUAUUUUGUCUCGGUUUUGAUUUUUCUCUCAGUGUCUUUAUUUAUUUUAUUUUAUUUAUUUAUUAUUUUUUUUUAAUUUUUAACUCUUUCUUGGUUUCGUCCCCGCGUUGAUGCGCUCCGAGACUUCGGGAGACGCGGUCCUCACCUGAGAGAUCCGGCACGAUUCCCCCCGAGCGAAGGCUGUUAAUGGAGAAGAGGGCGAAUGACAGCCGGGACCGUGGUCAUCACAGGUGGAAUAUUAGCGACUGUCAUUUUACUUUGUAUCAUCGCUGUCCUCUGCUACUGUAGGCUCCAGUACUACUGCUGCAAGAAGGAUGAGUCCGAGGAGGACGAGGAGGAGCCCGACUUUGCCGUGCACUCCCACAUCCCUCCGCUCCACUGCAACCGCAACGUAGUGCUGACCAACGGCCCGUCCCUCUACGCCUCCUCGCCCUUCGGCAAGAAGCCGACGCCGAGCCGGAGCGGCUGCCCCGGCUGCGGGCAGUAUGAGCCCCCCACCUUCUUCCUUCAGGAGCCCCCCGAGGAGCUGCACAACGGGGGGGACCGGGUCAGCUACCAAACCGUCAGCCAGGAAGAUCUGGAGCUGCCGGUGAGCGUGGGCAACCUGCAGGCACUCAACCCCAACCGGCUCUCGGCCAUGCGGGAAGCUUUCUCCCGCAGCCGCAGCAUCAGCACCGACGUGUGAGGCAGCAUCGCGCCUUCCCGAGGACUUUUUAAAACCCACAGAAUAGUUUUAAAGAAAAAAAAUAAAUAGGGCUUGGGGGGGGGAUUUUGAAUGUAUUGCUGCGUUCUGUAGGCAGAGACGUGGUAAAUUUACCAAAAAGGGGGUGAGCGAGGGUGAGGAUGGUUGCAGCGGGGACACGAGGUUUUCUAGUGCUGCUUUGCAUUUUUGUUUUUCUUUUAUAAAGAGGAUUUUGAUAUUGUGCAGCCUUUUAUACAGAGUAAAUGCCCCUCCUCCACGUCAGACGGGAGCACUGAACAUCGGGCAGGCGACGGGCGCAGGGGUGGCUGCAAAAUGCCUCGUGCUGCGAGCCAGGGGGCACCCACUGCUGCUCUCUGGGGACACCCAGCACCCACGGGGUCCUGGCCCUAGUGUGCAAACACACGUGUGUACACACACACACACCCCAUGGUCCCCUGGCAAAGCAGGGCUCCUGUUGCCUACCCCUCCACCACCCCAUCCUGCACCGCUCCGUGCUGCAGCCAUGCACACGUGCGCACCCAUCCUGUCCCGGUGCCUGCACCCUCUCGCUGCCCCCCUUGGCCAUUUCUCCCCAGAUUGCAGCCGUGAGACCCUCAGGGGCUGGGGGCAGCGGGUGCAGAGCUUGUCUGAGCCCGAUGGAGCUGGGCUGGGUGGGUUUGCAAGCGCACAGACACGCGGCUGCGCUGCCGGGUGGGAGCAACGCACAGAACGCUUCCAGAUGGAGGGACGACCCAGAGCUGCCCUCCCCAAAUAACCAGCCUGCCCCCAACAAAUAACGCCAUAUGCUACUUCUAAUCUAGGGAGCCGAGCGCUGGGAGAGCAAGAGAGUGGCCGCGUAUGUGUGCGUACGCCCCUGCGUGCACAUUUUUACAUGCUUUUUUUAUUAAAAAAAAAGUUAAAAAUAAAUUUAAUUAAAUAUAUAUAUUAUUAAAAACUACAAAAACACCCACGAAACUGUCUCCCCUCCCAGGGAUGUGUCAGAACACUUCACAUUCAGGCAGAGCCACCUCUGUUUCUUCCUGUGCUGUUUCCCCUGGCCAGGACCGUGGCACCAGCUCUGCCCCAGCUCCGCGCUGGGUCCAGCCAGGGCUGCACGGGCACGGAGCUGGUGCUGGGUGCUGGCCAAGCAGCGAGGGAGCAGUUUGGUUAUCACUACAGCUGUGGUAGCAGGACCUGCACCUUGCGUUGGUGCAUCCAUGGGGUGCUCACAGGCCUUGCUUUCCCCUUGCUGGCUCAAUUCCUCCCUCCACGUGUACGGUUUGUCUUACAAGUACCCUCUUGCUCCCGGACUGUGCGGUAUUCAGGUUAAAAGCAUCACCUUGGACUCGGGGGACAGCUUGCCCUGCUGCAGCAGAGGGUGCAGGGGCUGCAAAUGGACUCUGAUGGCCUCAGCGCUGUGCUCUGGGUCAGGCAUCGAUUUUAAAGAUGGGAUGAGAAGAAAAAAGCCGGCGCUCCGCAGCCAUCGGUGUACCCGCAUUGUCUGCAGCCCAUCCGGACAUUUUAGCUGUGAGGGCUUUUAAUUCCCCACCAAACCUUUUGAGGUACAAGUCGGUCUUUGCAGAGUAUCUUUGACUUUUUGGGGUUUCUCUUGGGGGGGGUGGGGGGGGGUCUGGGCUUGGUUUUGUACACGUUUAAUAUCCAGCGUUUGGUCCUGCCCGGGCUGUGCUCCAGGGAGCAGCUCCCUGCUCCGGGUGGCACAGCCAGGUUGUACAGUGCUCACUGCAGUUUGGUUAAACGCAUUUAGACUUCAGAUCCUUUGCAUUUCUUGUGAAUGUACUUAUCUUUCCGGCCUUCCUUUAUUUCCUUUUCUUUCUCUUCCUUUUAUUUUUUAUUUUUUUCCAUUCAGUGUAGCUUGGAAAUGAAGCAAAUGAUUGACUUUCUCUAACCUUCACCUGGUGAACUAUUGUACAGGACUUCGGGCAUCAAAGAAAAAAAUAAAAGAAAAAAAAUAUAUUAAAAAAACUA